CCUCAAAUACUGGCCCUGGAGGAGGAGGAGUGUUUCUCGGUCAAACAACAAAAACAUGUCUGAGUGAUAGACUGAACCUUUAGUUUCAGCCGUCUGCUGUCUCCGCAGCGAGUCGUUUAUUCGACCAACUGCUAUAUGAUUCCUGUCGCAUUUACGGCCGACAACCCAGAAAGAUGUCGCAGAAAGCACUGGGAUCCAUUGUAGGUCUUCUUUGUACCGGGACCUGUUUCGUGCAGGGGAAGGAGUUCUGUUUUGGGGUAAACAAUGAGCAGUACCGCUGUGAGAUGGGCUAUUGCUGUGGAGAAACAGAGUGCUGCACUUACUACUAUGAACUCUGGUGGUUCUGGUUGGUAUGGACUCUCAUCAUAAUGCUCAGUUGCUGCUGUGCCUAUCGACACCGGAGAGUUAAAAUGCGUUUGCAACAGGAGCAGCGACAACGUGAGAUCAGCCUCAUGGCCUAUCAGGGAGCCUCCAGCUCCUUCAUCUCCCCUCCACCUCUCAAUUUAAGGUUUUGGAAUGACUGCAAGCUUCCUGAUUAUGAAGAAGUUGUAGGGCACCCCCCGACCCCACCUCCCCCGUACUCCGAAAACCCUCCUGAGCCGACUCCAGCACUCGUGCCACAAAUAAACCCACCGGACUCUGCCUCUGUGCCUGAAAUCCUGCCCGAGCCAGCUCCGAGGGUGGAAAGCCAGGGUUCGGACUCGUCGCCUGACCAAGAGGAGGCGACGCCCCCGGCCCGGGGCCAGUGUCGGGCCGAGGAGAACGUAGAGGCUUUGCUGUUGGCGGCCGCAGCGGUGGAAGAGGAGGAGGAUGAGGAGCUCAUUACUCGACGCCGGCACGUGACCGGCGACUCAGGGAUCGAGGUGUGCGUCUGCCAGCUGGAUGUAGACGAGGGCUCGGGGCUCGAGGAGGAAGGCGACGAGGACCGCCAGGUGUGCGGCGCCGCCAGCAGGGACUGCUGCUCCGGACACCAGCAGGAGACCUUCAGACAGAAGGAGAGCAGCUCGGAGCUGCCCGGCCAGAACACCAGCACCGGAGACAACAUGGUGUGACCCAUCAACCAGCAAACCAGAGCAGCUUCCUGCUUCGUACAGGGUGAUCGUUGCUAUCAUCUCCACCAUAGGGACUGUCUGUGCUUUAAACCUCUAAACUAAUCCAUGGACACGACUUUAGGAUGAUGAUAACUAAUCUGUUAUGGCUUCUGUUUAGGACAGGUUAAAUAAUGUGUGGCCUAACUCCUGGCUUUCUUUUCCUAUACUAUUCUAAGCAGGAGAACCAGCAAACAUGUUGUUGCUCCAUUUGGUGUGUUUUUACUGAGUAGGAAGCAUGAGAAGACGGCAGUUAGAGACUGAAACCAGAAUUGACUGAUUUUUUUAUUUUUUUAUUUUUGCCUUCUCUUACAUCACUGCUGUCAUGUUUCCUCUUCUGUCCUGCCGCUCUCACAGGUCAGAACAUUUCCGGCUUUCCUUCCAAGUGACAUUCCACCUCCAGUGGGACGGUCAUUCAGAAGCACGCCGACCCGGUCAACAACAUUUCUCCCGUCGCCCGCUACGUUUGAGUAGAUGAGUCGAGAACAAACCUCUUGGAAACUCGGCUUGAUCUUGGACGAAUUAAAAAGAGAUUAUGUUCGUUUUUUCUUUUCUUUUCUCGAAGCCUGGUGCGCGCGUGGCACCAAGUGUGCUGUGAAAUGUAGGCCACAGCUGCAUGAUGAUGUCAUCUCUGAGGUCAUGGGCCGCCGGGGUUUUGGUGAAGGCUUGUGGAACUCGAGUGUGGGAGACUAAACACUCGGGUAGAGGAGACACCAGUCUGUUUGAAAUGUCACUGUAACCUCUUCUUCAUUUGAUAACCACGCUGUUUGCAGCAGAGCUGCACAACCGCUGAUUAGAACGACAUAAGAGGUCCUCGGCAUUUUCGAUAUUUGAUUUAUUGGUGGUGUCCUUGUGAUUGUCUCCCACUCCAGUUCCUGACUGCAGCACAUUUCUAACAGCAAACGUAUAAGUGGACUAACUCACCUGAAGGUGGCUCUAGAUUUUAUUUAAAACGUAAUUUUUGUGUAAUUUAUCGCUCACCAUAUAUUUUAUAUGAUGACUGAAGGAUUUAGUUGCUUUAUCAUUUCAUAACCAGCUUUGCUUCGGUAAAUGCUACUGGCGUUAUCGUUAUUUUCAACAAAACUGAUAGGGGCUGUUUGGUGUGUACCAGUCGCUGGGUCCUACAAUGCAGUCAGGAAAGCUUGUGAUUUAUUUUUUUUUAUUUGUACCUUUAAAGUGCUGCAGCGUUUGGUUGAAAUCCUAAGUUAAAGCACUGAUAUUUUGCACGAGGCAUGAUUUGGUGUUUCUACUUGAGUUAAUUAGACUUACUUUGCUAAUCCGUUACAACAGUAGUGAGCUGCAGUGCUAAACUGCUAUUUUUGUUUUUGGUCCGGGGUCAAAAAAGUGAACUGAAGUUGAACUGUUUUGAUGUCUUGAUCUCGUAGUGCGUUGUUAGGACUGUGUAGGACUCGCUAUGCUGCGGCGCAAAGCUGGCAACUAAGUGGCAGAUGCUGCCUCGGGUCUCUGUAGCUCCUGGCAUUGUGAGGGAUUUGCAGUGGUAUUUUCCACUGGGCCAGUGCAUUAACGAGGUGAGGUGGUUGCAAGCUUUGCUCUGCAGUUCUAUUCAGCGCUGGCACAGGCACAGAAACUGUUGUGAUUAACUGCAUGUUCUACAGCACUGCAUGUUCUUUUUUGUUUCUUUUUAUACUGUAUUGUAUUUAUAUGUGUGCGGUCAGAACACCACUUCACAACAGAUGGGAAAAUCCACAGUUCAAUGAAACUCUUCUUGCACAGAUAAAUGUGUCCAAGAUGAGCAGUAACUGAUUUAUCAGUAGGUAUAAUUAGUAGGUUAAAGAAUUUACUCUGGACCGUGAUAGCAGCUUUUAUAUUAGUCUGCUCAGAUUGUGUAUGAAGCACACAGAGCAAUGCUCCUGGCCUUUCAUAAAAUCUGUAGCCAUCGAAUCAGCAUUUAGAAAUUUAGAGUGACCACAAAUUAAAUUAUAGGGUUCGCAUACAUUUCGGCUUUGAACUAGUGUGAAGAUAACACUGACAUUUUAAUCCUGGCUGAAAUUAAACUUUCUGCACUGAUUAAACCAGAGGAAGAAGAGAAAAAAAAACACGUGAAAGACAUUUUUGAUGAAACAUUUCCGGUAUAAUUUCAAUGGCCUGUGCGCGUCGUAAAGAAAAUGUUUCCUCUUCUCUCGGGUUCCCAGCAGUUUGCUCCAGAUGUGGCUCUGCGUGAGUUAGAAAGCUUUCUGCUGUGGCUAAAGUGUGAAACAACACAACGGGGCCAUUGCACCAAAAAAAAAAAAAAAAAAGUCAAAACAGAAAGUUAAAUUAUUAAGACACCAAGAUCUGAGGUUGUGUUCCAACCAAACAAGCCCUAAAAAAGGUUUGUCGUUUGAACGUGCUGACAUGCUGGUUACCUUUUUCAACAGAGCGGUUCCAACAGAACCAUAACAGGAAUCAGUCGUUUUAUUUAAUUGUAAUUUUCUUGACAGUACACCUCAAGCUGCCUUUCACUGGAGCAGAAGUCUUGAUUCUGGGGCUGCACAGUAAAAACAUAAGCUCUGUAUGUGGAAACAGAUGUAAUACUGCCUUAUUAGAAGUGGUUUUCUUUUGAAGAUGGUGACAUUUGUAUAGUUGUACACAUGGUCGUAUUAGUGAGCAAAGGACUGCUGUUUCGUCUCAGUAGAAAGUAGCAUUUGAUCUUGUUCCGGGAUAAGCCCCGGUCGUUUUGUGAGUAAAGGAUGUGGUAUAACAACGAUUUCAAAGCCACUGGUUUGAAGCUGUUGCAUGUCGUGUUACAGUCGAACAUAAAUGGUGGUUUUUGUAACUAAGAAGUGGUCGUGGUGAAUUUAAAACAAAUACUGUGUGUUUAGUUAGUUGUGGCACUGAUGGGAUUUGGUCUUGAGUAGCAGGUUGAGUUAGUGCUCGGCUCAGAUUUUGUUCUGUGUUCCUGGUUAGAGGUAGUUAGUGAAAUGAAUCAACUAAAAAGCAUGAAGAAUUUUUUUUUUUUAAACGGCUUUGUUGUUUGUGAUUAUAUCUUGCAUUUGGAGGACAAAACUGAACUCCAAGAAAUUGCUAUUUUACUUUUUUGUAUUUAAGGUGCAUCCUUGCUUAUUUAAAUUCAUAUAAAAGAAAAAAAAGGCAAGCGACGGCUGUAAGAAGUGAGGAUUUUUAAAAUAUUUUUUUGGUACAUAAGUGAACUGGAGGUUAAUAGUUGUCCUGUUGCCAAACAACUGCUAUGCCUCCAUGGUUUCCACAUAUUUACUGAGAGUAAGGGCUAUCUGUCAGUCAUGACUUGUUUGAAUUGUUGACAGACAUCUAUUUCACUGAGGGAUUCAUUCAUCUGUUGUUGGUCAUUCGAAGCCACAGUUGCCGAGAUCCACUCUAUGAACACAGAUGUGUAAUGUGAACAUGUUGACGUUGGAUGUUAAGCUCAUAUUUAUCUUCUAGCUGAUUGUAUAUGACCACGUGUUAUAGGCUUGACUUUUGUCUUCUUGUCUUGUCAACCUCAACAGAGGUGCGUGAUGCGACCUAACUCCUCCCGUUUUUGGAUGUGAUAAAUUUUUCUUCUUAUUUUUUUUUUUUUUGCUUUGCCUCAUUUGCUCUUCAUGGACCGUGACUCCACACCACCUUCCUCCCAACCGUGUCCCGGUAACAGAAACUGUAGCCGACACCGUAGCCGUACGCGUUUUUCCUUCAGCGGCGACGUUCCGCUCGCAAAAAUUCUCAACAAAAAGGGCGUGUUCACCCAAUCUACCAAAGUCUUUGCCGUUCCGUUGCUUCGCUGACUGUCGAAUCGCUCCGUGUGCGUGUAUAUGUGUGAUUGUCGUGAUGAUGGUCUGUUCGGUUUCACACUCAGGGUUAUUGUUAAAAAGCAGUGCUACCAACACAUUUCUGACCCCCGCCCCUCCUGUCUUUUUUAAAAAGCCAAAGCAGUUGUCUGAUUGUUGUCACCCCAUUGUUUGCUAUGAAACCAGCAUCACGCAUCUCUGUAAACUUUACUCAACUAGGCUAUGCAAAGACAUAAACAUACUGUUAAAUGCUGCAAACCCUUUUUCUGUCAUUUGUCUGUGGGCACCAGUACAAGCAAUAUAACUCUCAGUACUCGUGGCACUGCACUGUACUGUAAUCUACUUUAACUGGUCUGUGUAAAUCUAUUUGUUAUAAAAGAAACUUGUAAAAUAUACUGACUAUGUAUGCUUGAUUUAUUAUUAAUAUUAUUAUUAUUUUUAUUUUGUUAAGGGGCUUCAGUUUAAAAAGCCAUUCUAGCUUGUAGAUUGUCCCCUUUUCUUUUCCUGUCUUCCUCCUUCAACCACUACUUCUGGAUUAACCACGUUUUUAGGCUGCGCAUGCUGAAGCGAAGGAAAAACGUAGAAUAUAUUCUAAAUGAUCAAUCAACUUUUGCUUAUUGGUAUUUUGGGUAUGUGUUGAACUUCUCCACACCUCAACUUUUAUCUGAUUUAAAUGCAGGUUUCUCCCCUUUUUUUUGUUUCAGGCAUAUUUAACCGUUGCCUUUAAUGUCCUGUCAGUUUAAUAUAUCGUGAAAGAUCUCAACGUGGAACACAGUCAGCUAAACCAACACAAAGCAGCCAAGUGUCAUUACUUGACAUUGAGCUGAAAGAGUAUCCCACUCCCCCCUGUUCAAGCAGAUAAUUUAAUCACAUAGAGUUGCCAUGGCUGAGCUUGUUUUUUUUUUUAAAGAAUAGAUUUAGUUUGAAAGGGAAUCAGCCACCUACCAACACUCCACCUUUUCUAUCUUGUUUCUGGUCUAUUUUUUUAAUUUAGACAAACUGAGUAAACUGAGGGUGGAAAAGCACUGAUAUGAAAAUGCUUUGGUUUUGGUUACAAGUCUACUGUGUACUGUCUGGAUUGUUUUUUUAUAAUAAAAACAAUUUUGGUGCUCUGCUGA